ACAACUUUACUUCAAAAGCAGCCUAUAUAAAAGCCAAAUCCCAACUCUCAAAACCAUCUCUCUCUCUCCAAAGAGAAACAACAAAAUGGAUUUACAGACAAAACCAUCUUCGCCGGAGCUAAACCUGGACAACCUUAAAGCCCUCAAAGUCCUAGGCCAAGGCGCCAUGGGCACAGUGUUCCUGGUACACGACCGGGCAGCCGACCCUUCUGCCCGCUGCCCGUUCGCCCUCAAAGUCGUCGAGAAGUCCUCUUUCCAAACAAAGCUCGACGCGGAGCGACGCGCGCGUUGGGAAAUCCAAGUCCUGACCCGACUCUCCGAUCCGGCUCCGACCCACUCAUUCCUCCCGACCCUAAUGGGCCACCUCGACUCCGCUGAGUUCUUAGCUUGGGCCGUACCGUACUGUCCGGGUGGCGAUCUCAACGUGCUCCGGUACCGCCAAAACGACCGCGUUUUCUCCCCAGCUGUGAUUCGGUUCUACUUGGCCGAAAUCCUCUGCGCUCUCGACCACCUACACUCCAUGGGGAUCGUGUACCGUGACCUGAAACCCGAAAACGUUCUCAUUCAAAACUCGGGUCACGUGACUCUCACGGACUUCGAUCUUUCUCGCACUCUAACCAAAACCGCCAAAACUAUCAUAACCGUCGUCGAGGAACCAAAACACCGCAGAAACCUCUCACGUUGGAUCGACAACAACAAAAGAUGCAGCAACAACAAUGGUAUUUGUAGUGGCGGUCAUAACAGCAAACAAAAGGGGUUGAAGAAGGCCAAGUCAGCACGAGUCAGCCCAGUGAGUCGACGCAAGCUGAGUUUCUCGAACGGCGAACGAUCCAACUCGUUUGUCGGGACAGAGGAAUACGUGGCACCCGAGGUCGUACGAGGUGACGGGCACGAGUUCGCCGUGGACUGGUGGGCCCUGGGUGUACUAACCUACGAGAUGCUCUACGGUACGACGCCGUUUAAGGGCAAGAACCGUAAGGAAACGUUUCGGAACGUUUUGGUCAAAGAGCCUCCGUUUAUUGGGAAACCAACGGCUCUAACGGAUUUGAUCGGACGGUUGCUGAUCAAGGACCCCACUAGGAGAUUGGGGUAUUUUAAGGGUGCAAGUGAGAUCAAGGACCACGUGUUCUUUCGUGGGGUCAGGUGGGACCUACUAAUGGAGGUCUCACGUCCUCCGUUUAUUCCGUCCAGAGACGAACCUGAUUUAACUGAGAAAGUAACAGCCGGAUUUGAUAUAAGGGAGUACUUUCAAAAAUUAAGAUCACCGCCGUCAUUGCCGCCUUCUCCGUUACCGUCACCGUCAUCGGAACAUCACAGAAACCUUUCGUUAGCCGAGUUCUGAUGCACACGUGUGGGGAGCUCGCACGUGUAAGAGUUAUUUCUUUUUUUCUUUUUUAAUUUUUUUCCUCUGUAUUAAUUUGUCUGUAUAUAAAAUAACAGUAGAACGUGAAAAACGGCAUUAGUGAAGAUUAGUUGUCGCUAAGCUAUGAUUAGUGUUAGAGAGUUGUACUAUACAGUUGUUUAUACUUUUUUUUUUUUUUUUGGGGGAGAUGCUUUUUGGCGCGUACUUUCACGCCCUACUGAUUGCAAGAAACGUAGGAAAUAUAUAGUAACAUUUUUCCUUGAAGGUACAGUAUUA